AUGGAGACCGGUGAGAGGCGAUCACAUCUCAGGUUGCUUAAGACGUCUUUGAUUCUGGGCCAAGGCGACACACCCACGACUCGCCAUGGAGACUGUCUCAGACUGUGUGCUUACAACGCGAGAGCAGUGUCCACAGACGGUGACCUGCAUGCCCUUCUCAGAGCUGCAGAGCGAAUCAAAUUUCUCUUGAUUGCUCUGCAGGAGAUCAAGUGCAGAAGGAGCGACGUACGACAGAUGAAUCACGGUAUACUCGUCAUUCGUGGAGAGAAGGUUCCGUCGCAAAACGUAGGGGGUGUUGGUUUUGUCGUGCACCUAUCUGUCGUCCAUCUUGUCGAUUCUCACGUGAUCCUGUCACCUUGUCUGGCCAUUCUUUGCCUCCGCCCUCUGCGCGAAAAACCCAUCAGUAUCUUCAACUGA